GGAAGUUGUAGCCGGUUAUCAACGGUGAAAGAAGGUGAGCUACAGAACAAGCUACAGAAUUAAUGCGGGGAUAGAGGCUUCGGCUCUCCAUCCAAAGCCGUACACGACAUAAUAGAGAUGACCUUAUCUUUUGUACCGAGACCCUGCAUUCCAGAUAAAUACCUUGGUCUGCUUGUCUUACUAACUUGUCCCUCCUUUGACCUUUCAUGUUGUCAGCCCUCCAUGCAACUCUGCGUCAUUUCGACGUUACAUUAGAAUUGUGAGAAUGGUCUUCUUUCUUGAUUACAUCCAACAUAAAAAGGACUGCAAGUUCAAGCAAGAUGAACGUGCAGAGAGGCUUCGUGCCUUGACCCAAUACCGUAGUCCCUUCACCACGCAAGAGCGGGAGAUAAUUGACAAGCCCAUCGAGGAACUUGUCGAGGGUGUACAAAAUGGCACAAUUGAGCCCAUAGACCUCCUGAAUACUUACGGCAAGGUUGCCGUCAAGGCACAUGACAAGACAAAUUGUCUUACCGAGGUCAUGAUAUCCGAGGCUGAAGGUUGGAUCAAGGAUGGCUCUAUUAACCUCAAGGGUCCUUUAGCCGGUAUUCCGGUAAGCUUGAAGGAUACCAUCAACGUCGGCGGUUUCGACUCUACUGUUGGCUACAGUAGUUACGUUGGCAACAAGCCGACUCAUGAUGGGGGCCACGUUCGACUCCUGAAGGACGCUGGUGCCGUUCCCUAUGUCAAAACCAACAUGCCCAUAACACUCCUCAGUUUUGAGUCUACAAAUGAUGUCUGGGGUCGGUGCACCAACCCACACAACAACAAAUACUCACCGGGAGGUUCGACCGGUGGUGAAGCAGCACUAUUGGCAUUGGGUGGAAGAAUUGGAAUUGGAAGUGAUGUAGCUGGUAGUGUCCGAGCCCCGGCACAUUUCUCCGGCAUCUACAGUCUGCGAUGCUCCACUGGACGAUGGCCAAAAGCGGGAUUUGCGACUAGUAUGCCCGGUCAAGAAGGAGUACCAAGUGUGUACAGUCCCAUGACUAGGACCUUGAACGACCUCACGUAUUUCACACGCUCCCUUGUCGGCAUGAAGCCCUGGGAGUAUGACCACACUGUUCAUCCUCUUCCAUGGAGACCCGAAGUGGAAGAGGAGUACGCAGCGAAGAGCAAGUUCCGUGUGGGUGUGAUGAGAACAGACGGUGUGGUCGAUCCAGCCCCUGCAUGCGUACGAGCUCUAGAAAUGACCGAGGCUGCCUUGAAAGAGGCCGGUCACGAAAUUGUCGAAAUCGAUCCGCCAUCACCGUACGAAGCACUUAAGCUAGGUGCGCUCUUGUUGAACGCCGACGGUUGCCAGAUGUUCAAGUCCUUUUUCCGAUGGGGAGAAUGGAACGAUCCUGGGGCUGAUCAGAUGGAUUUCUAUAUGAGACUUCCGCGGCCCCUGAAGUACAUCCACUACUUAUGGGUUAAGUACGUCCGAAAAGAUGAUGUAUGGGCUGGCCUCCUCAAGGAUUUCCACGCGAAGAGUGCCUUUGAGCAGUGGAAGCUGGUUUCUCAGCGGGAGGCCUAUAGGGGUAAGUGGUUCGACUGGUGGAAUGACGCCGAUGUCGACUUCUUAAUCACACCCCCCAAUGCGACGCCGGCCGUUCCCCAUGAUGGUAUGAAGGAAGCUGUCAGCAGCUGCGGCUACACAUUCCUUUUCAACAUCAUUGAUUAUACUUGUGGUAUUAUCCCAGUAACGCACGUCGACAAGGAGCUCGAUAAGCUGCCAUCUACCUUCAACAUAAAGAAGCUAAACGGAGUUGCUCAAGGCGCAUACAAGCUCUAUGAUGCAGAGGCCAUGCAUGGACUACCAGUUGCGGUCCAGAUCGUCGGAAGGAGAUUAGAAGAAGAGAAGGUGCUUGCGAUCAUGAAGAGGGUCGAAGAUGCUCUCGGAGAUGACAAGUAUGAAUUGCUUGACAUUGAUUAAUCUUUCUAGACUACUAGACCGAGUCGAUUAGAUUGAAUAUCAUGUGAGAUACCCAGUCUAUAGCGGGUUAGAAGAUGUCAAUGGUUAAAAAAGGCAACUGUAAAUGGAUUAAUUCAAUCAUCGCUCUGUGCACUGCCGUAAAAGGGGCGAAGGGCGGAAGCGGAGCCUCCGAUCUCGGGCGACUGUUCGGCGGUCCCAAUAUCGGCCGAUACGGAGCGGCUCUGUAAGUCGGUACAGCAAACUCAACA